CCACUGGCUCUCACGUGCGGGUAGCCCACCCCGCAUCAUCCUCUCGCCUCGCUCCCAGUGGGAAGUGACUGUAUUUCCCCCUGGUUGCCUUCCACCCGGGCCGCCUGGGAGCAUCGGCCUGGCCCGCCCGCUGACGUCACCUUCCAGUCCCGCCCCCUCCAGUGUCCCGGGCCCUUGCGGCGGGGGCUGGCCCGGGGGGAGUCAGUUGAGGCGGCGGGAGCUCGGCGAAGGGCGGGCCAGGUGACUGGUCCGGGCCAUGCCGAGGAAGAAGCCUUUCAGCGUGAAGCAGAAGAAGAAGCAGUUGCAGGACAAGCGGGAGCGGAAGCGAGGGCUUCAAGAUGGGCUGCGAUCCAGUUCCAACAGCCGCAGCGGGAGCCGGGAGCGGCGGGAGGAGCAGACCGACACCUCGGACGGGGAGUCUGUGACCCAUCACAUCCGCAGGCUCAACCAGCAGCCUUCCCAGGCGCUGGGCUCACGAGGCUAUGACCCAAAUCGAUACCGGCUGCAUUUUGAACGAGACAGCCGCGAGGAGGUGGAGAGGAGAAAGAGAGCAGCCCGGGAGCAAGUGCUACAGCCCAUCAGUGCUGAGCUGCUGGUGUUGGACAUCUGGGAGGUCUAUCAGCCCGGCUCCGUCCUGGACUUUCCCCGACGUCCUCCUUGGAGCUAUGAGAUGUCCAAAGAGCAACUGAUGAGCCAGGAGGAACGGAGCUUCCAGGAGUAUCUUGGGAAGAUUUAUGGGGCUUACACCUCUGAGAAACUCAGCUACUUUGAGCACAAUCUGGAGACGUGGAGGCAGCUGUGGCGAGUAUUAGAGAUGUCUGACAUUGUUCUGCUAAUUACUGAUAUCCGACAUCCAGUUGUGAAUUUCCCACCAGCACUUUAUGAGUACGUGACUGGAGAGCUAGGGCUGGCCCUGGUGCUGGUCCUGAACAAGGUGGAUCUGGCCCCGCCAGCUCUCGUGGUUGCCUGGAAGCAUUAUUUCCAUCAACACUAUCCCCAGCUCCACAUUGUUCUUUUCACCUCUUUUCCUCGGGAUCCCCGCACCCCACAGGACCCUAGCAGUGUCUUGAAGAAGAGUCGGAGGCGGGGGAGAGGAUGGACUCGGGCUCUGGGGCCGGAGCAGCUGCUGAGAGCCUGUGAAGCUAUCACUGCGGGGAAAGUGGACCUGAGCAGCUGGCGGGAGAAGAUUGCCCGGGAUGUGGCUGGAGCCACCUGGGGUAAUGGCUCCGGGGAGGAGGAGGAAGAGGAGGAUGGGCCAGCCGUCCUGGUGGAGCAGCAGACUGACUCAGCGAUGGAGCCAGCAGGCCCCACACGGGAGCACUACAAGGAUGGGGUGGUGACCAUCGGCUGUGUGGGUUUCCCCAAUGUGGGCAAGUCCUCGCUGAUCAACGGGCUGGUGGGGCGGAAGGUCGUGAGUGUCUCCAGAACCCCGGGCCACACCCGAUACUUUCAGACCUACUUUCUGACCCCCUCCGUGAAGCUCUGUGACUGUCCAGGCCUCAUAUUCCCCUCGCUUCUGCCCAGGCAGUUGCAGGUCCUGGCAGGGGUCUACCCCAUCGCCCAAAUCCAGGAGCCAUACACCGCUGUGGGCUACCUGGCCUCCCGGGUCCCUGUGCAGGCCCUGCUCCACCUGCGCCACCCAGAGGCCGAGGACCCCUCCGCAGAACACCCGUGGUGUGCCUGGGACAUCUGUGAAGCCUGGGCAGAGAAACGUGGUUACAAGACAGCCAAGGCGGCCCGAAAUGAUGUGUACAGAGCGGCCAAUAGCCUCCUGCGGCUGGCACUGGACGGCCGCCUCAGCCUGUGUUUCCAGCCCCCAGGCUACAGCGAGCAGAAAGGGCUGGGUCUUUUGAUGGAAGAAAGAGGACCCCGACUCAGCAUCCUCUGAAGGUUCAUGAUGAUCAGGGAAGCACAGGGGACUUCUUUGCUGCUAGAGGUGGGUUGGGGACGUUGGAAUCAUCUCAAAAAGUGGAGAAAAGAAAAAUCAGAUUCUGUUUGUACACCUGCCUCUGUGCUGCUUCUCUUCACUGUCUUUAUCUUUUGCUCUCAUGAGUUUCACCAGGGGCAUUUGGGAGAUCUGGGGGUGGGGGUGAAAGUUGAGACCUGGUGCUGGAGGGGAAGCUGAGAAGGGGGAUUUUCAUGCUGAAGACCUGGAAGGAGGCAACUCUAACAUCCCCAAGGGGCCAGACUGUAAAUGAUUCUUCCCAGGCCCCUGUCAAUACUCACUCUGUAGGAAAGUAACACUGGGAGAAGAACUAUCUUAGCAACAAAUAGAUUUGGGAGGAGAAGGGUAAAUAAUAACCAAAGACCACUGUCUGAGGCUGAGCUUGAAACUGACUAAAAAGGACAAAGGAAACCAGGGGUCCAGUCUCCCCUCCAUGAUGAAAUACCCAGGACCCCUGUCCUCACGCCCUUCCUGGGUCGCAUCCACUAUGGAGAUACUUGACCAUGGAGGUCUCGGGCUGUGGGAGUUCCCACAGCUUCUGGCCAGUCUCUUGAUGGUGAGAAACUAGUGCUUCUCAUUCAUGCUGGAAUUCUAUUUAGAUGCUGCACAACUUCUUCCGAGCUUCCAUUUUUCUAGACUGAGUUCCAGUCCUGGUUCUGGGACAAGGUAGCUGUGUGUGGUCCAGAGUAGUUCAAUUAUCUGGGCCUCUGUUUCUUUAUUUCUCAUUAUCAUUGAUACAAUCAACGAAAUUGGUUGAAAACAAUGUGUGUCAGGCAUGCUGAGUUCUGGGACAAAAAAAUUGAGUAAGGCAUAGACCUUACCCUCCAAGAAUAGAACAGCCAGACACUAAUACAGUAAUUCCAUAGCAUACGUAAAUUAUAAAAGAAUUGCUGUAAAUGAGCCUAUUGAGUUGUAACUAAGUAAGGUGGGUAGAACUAUAAUCACCCCAAGGAUUCAUUCACCAAUCGAACAUUUGUCCAUUUGUCAAGCAAUUACUAUUUGCCAGUCACUGCUAAGUGGUAAGUGACAGAAAUGGUCCUUUGUGGAGCUCACAAUUUAUUGGACUAUGGAAACAAUUAAAUAGAUAAUUACCAAAAAAGUGUGAUAAGUGCUGUCAGAAGGGUGGAACAGGGUCCUGUGGGAUAGUGGUGGCUCCAUAUAGAAGGGUCUUGUGAUGCUGGUCAGAAAGGAGUGGGGGCAGGGCUGGGAGCUGUGAUUGUAUAGCAAGUUAUAUAAGACUGAGAAAAAAUCAGUGGUCUGUGGUAAAGAAUUGCUAUGGGAACACCCAGCAGGGGCCAGUCUUGGUGAGUCAGAGGAAGCCUCCUAGAGGAACAGAGGUCCAAGCUGAGGCCUGAAAACUGAGCAGGAGUAAGCCAGGCAUUGAGAGGGAAAGAGCAUUCCUGAGGGGACAGCAAAGGACAAGGAACAGCACGUAACAAUUUUGGAAGACUAACACGUUCAGCAUGGCUGGGGCAGAGGGUUCAAGGGAGAAGUGGCGAAAGGUGAAGCUGGAGAGGUAGGCUUGGGUCAGCUCUCACUGGGCCUUGUCAACCAUGCUAAAGAUUAAGGCUUUAUCCAGAGGAGCACUGAGACCAAGAAGGAGAGAUUUGUGCCUUAGGUCACUUUGAUUGGAGUGUGGAGACUGGUUUGGAAAGGGGAGAGAGAUCAGAGGCUUUUGCAGAGAUCCCAGAGACAGAACGGAAACCGGAAUUAAGGGGUUUGGGGGAAGAGAGGUGCGGCUGCACACAGAGAUUUGGGCGUCAGUAACAUAUAGGUGGGAGGAGGGUAACUGAGAUCAUCCACAGAAAGUGUGUAGCAUGAGAAGAGAAGAGGGCUGAGGAAGGACAUGGAGAAUAUAAAAGGGAGGGCAGGGAAAGAGGAACCAGCAGACAGGAUAAAACCUAGGAAGUGUGGUGCAUUGAAAGCUAAGGGAAGGAGGAAGGAAAGGCGCAGUGUAGAAUGCUGCUGAGGAUUGAUGACAAGAAUGAAGAGUGUCCACUGGAUUUAGUAAAAAGCCUUGCUGAUCUUGGUGGCAGCAGUUCCACUGGACAGGUGAGGUCAGAAUUCCCAGAUGUCAGGGGAUUGAGGAAUAAUUUGGAGGAAGGAAGUGGAAGCAGUGGAGAAAAGGAUAUAAGUUUCAAGAAGUUUGGUUGUGUUUGCAAUGAGAGAAAAACGGAGAGAGCAGAGUAUAUAAAAUCGAGGAAAACAGUUUUUUAAAGUUUUGAACAUUUUCACGGGCUGUUUACAAGGGUCAAGUGGAGGAGGAAAGGCUGAAAAUGCAGGAAAGUGGGGAUUAGUGAUGGAACAAGCCCUGGAGAGCAGGCGGGGGUGGCACUGACAGUCCCGGUGCAGGGAUUACCCUCCCGCAGGAGCCUGGUGGCUUCUGUCGUAAUAGGAGGAAACAGCGCUGACAUUCAGCCGGUUUGCACUGGUACUGCUCAACCAGUUGUUAAAACACUUCUGUACCAGUUAGUAAGUAGUAUAAGAGUAACUGCAAUAAGCAGUAAAAAUAAUUAAUAAAACAAAUUAUAAUAUGAACUCAUCAGUUCAAGUAAUUAAGAGAUUGCGACAGCCAUUGGUAAACGGGCUUCCCGCUGCACCUGAGACGCUUUGCAGCGCCAUCUGCCGGUAGAGCAGCAUCACUGCAGGCUGAGCGGCUGCUUUGAGCCUUAUUAAAUAAACUCUAUAAAAUUACCUGUCUAAAUUAUCUUUGAAUUAUGGAGUUGCUAUUGCUUCUAAGUAGUUUAGCUUCUACUUUGAUUUUAUUGCUAGUUCAUUGUCACUCUUGUGUCCGUAGUAAACUGCAGUGUUUUAAUAUUUACAAAUUCAAGAAUUUUUAAUAAAAUAUUAAAGCCAAACUUGAAUAAAGAGAUAACAAAGUUUGAACAUGUUUCUUAAUGUGCCUUCAGAAAUA